CCACUUACCUUCCUCAAGUUCAUGUAUCCAGGAAUCCAUCCGCUCGCUCCGGAUGUCUUCCCUUCCCCAUUUCCCUAAGGUCGGCGGUGCCUUCCCCGGAUCAGUGUCUCCAGGAGUCCACUUAUGUCACCUGAGUGGACUCCCUUCCCCACUUCCCCAAGGUCAGCGGUAUUCUUGCCGUCCGCAGGAUCAUGUAUCCAGGAAUCCUUCCGUCUACCGCCGGAUAUCUUCCCUUCCCCACUUACCCAAGGUCAGCCUCAACUGCAUGUAUUCUUGCCUUGCUCAGGUUCAUGUAUCCAGGAAUCCAUCCGCUCGCUCCGGAUGUCUCCCCUUCCCCACUUACACAAGGUCAGCCUCAACUGCAUGUAUUCAUGCCUUCCCCAGGUUCAUGUAUCCAGGAAUCCAUCCGCUCGCUCCAGAUGUCUCCCCUUCCCCACUUACACAAGGUCAGCCUCAACUUCACGUAUUCAUGCCUUCCCCAGGUUCAUGUAUCCAGGAAUCCAUCCGCUCGCUCCGGAUGUCUCCCCUUCCCCACUUACACAAGGUCAGCCUCAACCACAACCUUCCCCAAGUUUAUGAAUCCAGGAAUCCAUCCGCUCGCUCCGGAUGUCUUCCGUUCCCCACUUACCUAAGGUCGGCGGUGCCUUCCCCGGAUCAGUGUCUCCAGGAGUCUACUUGUGUCACCUGAGUGGACUCCCUUCCCCACUUCCCCAGAGUCAGCGGUGCCUUCCCCGGAUCAGUGUCUCCAGGAGUCCACUUAUGUCACCUCAGGUGGACUCCCUUCCCCAUUUCCCCAGAGUCAGCGGUUGCCACCUUC